AUGGGGGCUCAGAGGGGUGAGCGUGAUGGGGGUCUCUCAGGAGGGCCCUUCUUCCUGUGCUGCCUGCAGGAGAGGACCACAGACACGCUGUUCUGCCAGCUCUCCAAGGGCAUCCACCUGGCCAACAGGCACAUGAGCAUCAGCCUGGUCACGGCCAUCGCUGUGGACCGCUACGUGGCCGUCGUGUGCGCCCGGGGACUCCGCUCCCCACGGCAGGCCGCAGCCGUGUGCACGGCGCUCUGGGUGCUGGUAGCCAGCUUGCUGGGGCUGCGCUGGGCCCUGGGGGCACAGGAGGGCGGCUUCUGCUUCUCCAACAGCUCCCGGCAAGGCUCCCACACCGUGGCCUUCUGGCUGCUGGGCUUCUUACUGCCGCCGGCCGUGCUGGUCCUCUGCUCUCUGCCGGUGGUCACCGCCCUGGGCCAGAGGCCGACCGCCAGCCCCAACCAGGCGGAAGCAACCCGGAGGGCCACCCACAUGGUCUGGGUGAACCUGGCCGUGUUCGUGGUCUGCUUCCUGCCCUUCCGCGGCGGCCUGAACACCUCUGCCAUCUGCUACACCUUCUGCAUCACGGGCGCCUCAGAUGCCAACUGCUGUCUGGGCACCAUCUGCUACUACUUCAUGGCCAAGAAGUUCCGGGAGGCAUCUUCGCUGGCCUCGAUGCCCACUGCCAAGGCCCACAGAACCAGAGCUCUCUCUGUGCAACCCUCGCCUAGGAGACCAGUUGUGGGCACAUGGGCCAGGUCCCAGGCUCUCCGGGAAGUCCUGCCUGCUGGGGCAUCCCUGAACUCGCUGUGGCCACUGGGUACGCUGCAGGGGGCCUGGCCGGGUGGAGAGGACCCGGGCACGGAACCCGCGGUGGUGUCACCCCGACCCCUGGGAUGGAAGAGGGUCGGGACCAGGGCAGGACUGAGGUCUGAGUGAGGCCAAUCCCAGCAGCCCUGGGAUGGGGCCAACACUGCAGCGCCCAGAGUCUGGUACCCUUGGGUACUGGGGUAGAUGUUUGCUCUGUGCUGCGAGGCCUCAGUGGGCAGCCUUCUGCUGCCGCCGCAGUGGGCCUGAAACAAAGCUGGCCCCCAGGGCUGGGCCUGGCCCUGUGCAUGUGCAUGCGUGCACGU